AUGCCUGAGCAGCGGCAACAGAGAGAAGAGGGAGAGCAAGGCUCCAUUGUCAGAUCACUAAUCCAGGGUGUCACUAUUUUCUUUGUGACCCAAUUCUUCAUCGGUCAAUUCUUUGGAAACAAGCAGAAUGCUACGGCCGGUGGAAAACCCGGUGCUGUGACUAGUUUUGGGGAGCGACCUCCGCAAGCCGAAGUCGAGAACUACAGCUCUGUUCCCGAUACUAUUGCUCCGAUCUGGCCCUCGGACAGUGCCUUGGAUAUCAGCGUUUACGUUUCUCCGUCGAUUGUGCUUCCUUCGAUCUCAUCUCUUCCCUCGAGUUCUCUUGUACUGGAAGAGAAGAAAUUCGGUCUAGGAAACUACAGCGAUGUUAGAGAGGUGGAGACCACCAUUCAGGUUCCCAAAGAGGUCCAGCAUAACGGGACCCUCUGGGCUCACUUUUUCGUGGCAUUGAGUGGGCACGAGCUUGAUCCUGCGGCAAAGGGCUACAGCACAGAUACAGCUGUGCACUUCUUACGACCUCUCAAUCAGUACCUCCCUAAGAGAAAGGCUAAGAAGCUCAAGAACCUACUCGCGGGUGCCGAUGAAACAGAUGAGGAGGAAGACGAUGGGACCCCCGAUGUUUCAAUUGCAUCAUAUUACCACCCGAACUUCACACUAUCCGUGAUUCCUGAUUCUGGGAACAUGAAAUACCGUCAAAUCCAUCCUGCCAUUCGUCGCCACACACAGCUAGAGGCGACUGGCGCGAGAGAUGCUUCGGGUCAGAAUGGUUGGUACUAUCCUAUUGUCUUCCUGAACACUUUCUGGCAGUUGAGAAGCCAUAUGGUGGAGCUCAACUCGACGGUUGAAACUAUCCCUCUACGGUUUACACUCCAAAACCUCCAGAACUGGAAAUUCGCAAUGAUGGCGAGCCUCGACGAGAACGCCAAACAAACUGCCAAGCAAGCCGCAUUCGGAGGAUCUACCCCUGGUGGUGGCGAUGGUAGCGAGUUUGAGAUGAUCAAAGAAGUGCUCCUGGAUACCAACAUCUGGUUGUUGGGUACAACUGGUGUAGUCACAAUUCUGCACAUGAUUUUUGAAACUCUAGCAUUCAAAAAUGACAUUUCUCAUUGGCGCAAGAAGAAAGACAAUGUCGGGACGUCAGUCCGCACCAUCCUCGCCAAUGUGUUCAUGCAAACAGUCAUUUUCCUCUAUCUCAUGGACAACAGUGAGAACACUUCCUGGAUGAUUCUCGCCAGUCAAGGCUUCGGUAUUGUAUUGGAAGCUUGGAAGGUGACGAAGACGGUUAAUGUCCGUCUGCGCCCACCUCCAGUUGGAUCCUUCUUCUCUUUCCUUCCUUAUGUGGUUGUGUUUGAAGACAAGCAUAAACUCACAGAAACGGAGAAGAAGACCCAGGAGUAUGAUGAGAUUGCGUUCCGCUACCUGUAUAUCAUUGCUGUGCCUCUCCUCGGAGCGUACGCUGCUUACAGCUUGAUGUACAACACGCACAAGUCAUGGUACUCUUAUAUCAUCGAGACCCUCGUCGGCAGUGUUUAUGCCUACGGUUUUCUGAUGAUGGUUCCCAGCUUGUACAUUAACUACCGACUCAAGUCUGUCGCUCAUAUGCCUGGAAAGGCUAUGACUUACAAGUUCCUCAACACGUUUAUCGAUGAUCUCUUCGCGUUUACUGUAAAGAUGCCUUGGCUCCACAGACUUGCAACCCUGCGUGAUGAUGUAAUUUUCUUCAUCUGGCUCUAUCAAAGCUACAAGUAUAAGGUAGACUAUACUCGAGUCAACGAGUUUGGUCAAGGAGGCGAGAGCGAUGGCGAGGAAGAAGAGGACGUGAAGAAGCUCGAUGAGAAGGAAAAUGCUACCCGAGCGACUGGAAAGCAGGCGUCGCAGACCUCUGCUCGGAAGAGGAAGUGA